AGGGGAAGUUGCAAAAACACAACAACCAUAACUCUUUCUGUUAUUGUCCAAAUUCACAACAUCUUCCCUUUGUUCAUCAUUUUUUCUUUUGGCUGAUUGAUUCCCUCUAAACGACGUUUUUAAAACCGGAAAACAUGAGCCGUCUCCGAGCAUUUUCUGCGCCGGAUUUAGUUCCUUCUGAUUCUGGAUCUAUUACAUCAUCACCAACAAGAACCAGAGAGCACCCAUCUCAUGAAGAUUCUGGUUUAGAAGGGAUCACUACAAACGUGAAGCUACUGCUGAAACUCGUUCAAGAUCACAACGAAGCAACCUCAAGGCAGCACGAUGACUGGAAGGUACAGAGAGUCAAAACGAUGAUGACUAUUCUCGAGGAUCUAAAGACACGAAUCCAGAAAGCUCAACAACAAUCAUCAUCAUCAUCCGGGAAAAAAGAGCUUAGACGAUGCAACACAGAGCUAAAACCGACUCAUGAUCCAAACAAGAAUCCGAUGAAGCCGCCACAGAACGAUCCUGACGAUGUUCAGAAGCUGAGAAAAGAGCUAAGCGCGAGUAUGGCUGCAAGAAAGAGUCUUCAAAUGAUGUGUUCAAGUCUAGGGAAAGAGAAAGAGAUAAUGGCUUUGGAGCUUGCGAGGAAAGCUCACGAACGGAACGAAAUGGAGGAGCUAAUAAGUGAUCUUAGGGCUCAAAAUGAUAAACUGCUCAAGAAAGUGCAGAAUUGCGCGGCAGAGCAUAGUAAUGAGAAGAAAGAAGAUGAUGAUGGUCAAGGAUGCAACGAUGUGUCUCUUCAGGGAAGAAACAAAGAGUUGUCUGAUCAGCUUCUCAAAUCUAUUGACGGAUACCGAUCUUUGAAAAGGAAAUACAAAGAUGUUCAAGAAGAGAAUGGAUCAAUGAGACGAGCCCUUAGAGAUUAUGGGGAAGGAAUGAAUGUUGGGACUCAGAGACUAAACAAGUUGCAUGAGAAGAUCACAAGAGAAGAUGAUGUGAAUAUUGAGGAUGAGAUUUCAGAUUUAGAAAAGUUGUUUCAAGGGCUUGGUUUAAAGAUUUCAAAUCAUUCACAGAAGAAGUAAACAAACAGAGAUUCCAUUUAUGU